CGACUGCGGAUCGGAAGUUGUCUUUGAUUUGAGUUAAAACAGGCUACAGUCUAUAGUUAUCCAUUUGUGACACAGUAGUGGAAGCAGAUACUGCAAGAUAGAAGUGCUUCAAUAUACUUCUUUUGAUUGCGUCUACCACCUACGGCCGUCGGUACGUGAGAGCAGGAGGCUAUUGGCCAUGGCGACGCUCUGGAGGUGAGAUCGGAACGGAACAAACAUUUUGUGUUGCGUUCCGGGAACCAAUCGAUUUCAUCGCGCCGGUGGCUAAAGGUUCGUCUCUCCUCACCACAAGAAUCCUCGCAGACCGGUUGAGUCAGACCAUCCCAAGACCCCGGAGGAGUUCGGAUCAGAGCUCGUUGACAUGUCGCAUUCCAAGGCUGCGAUACUCCGGCUUCCCGAGGAGCUGCUGGUCCACAUCACGGACGACGUCGAUAUCAUCGACCUCCAUGUUUUGUCAAUCACUUGUCGGCGCAUACGCCCAAUCGCGCAGGAAGGCCUUGUUCGACGAGCAACUCUACCACUCAAAAAUGUUUGGAAACUGGUGGACUUACUGCAAGCUUACUCAACCCUAGUCAUAUCCUUUACUCACCUUCGACUUGGUCCCAUUUCGGAGGAUGCAGCGAGAAGCAUAGUCUCCAACCACAAUGCCGCUCAGAGACCCCACAUGAUACACAGGGAUUACUCCAUGUGUGAUACUGCUUUCGAAGAAUCUAGGUGCACCUCAGCUGGAAUGAAAGUUCUGUUGACUCUUGCGCGUGGUCUAAAGUGUGUGUCUAUGGGUACAGUCUCUAGCCACAGCUUCGAUUUGCUGAAUGCUUGUAUUCUCACUGGUCCCAAUAUAUCCAGUACCGAAGUGGUCACGCGUUCGUACGAGAAGGCGCGAUCAGACCUCCAAGCACGACUCGAGGAGGUCAAUGUGGAUCCCGACCACCCUGGUGCUUUCCCGGCGACCAGCCUAGUCAUGUCCUUGCAUCUUUCAGAAUGUUCCAAGCUCAAGCGAUUGGUAACCCCAUACAGGACUUUGUUCAAAAGGCCGGGAGACAGGUUGUUGUCUGAAUUCACACCUUGCCGGCUGGUCGAACAGCGUUACUACACCGAGCCUCACCGUAUAUUGCCGCCAUCUCUUGAGUCUGUACACAUAGUCUUUGGAACGGUCUCUCCCGAUGUGCGAUGGCUCGACAGGCUGAUACUCAAUGAAGUUGGCUUUCCGAAACUGCGCGAAGUUCAGCUGCUAUUCAAGCAGAACCUUCUGUCAGCUGCCUGGAGCUUGUGUUGUUACCCUGACUCUAGGCUUCUGGCCACGCUUCGAGGAUGGCAGGCAUCGCGCGUUGAUCUGACCACAAGAUUCCGCAUCGCGAGGUUCACUGACGUAGCAAUAAUGGAAACCAAGAGGGAUACACCAGCGCCUUACAUUGCCGGCGAUAUAAUCCCUGCAGUCGAGAAGUGCCUCGCGACGACACUUGAUCAACUAAAGGAUGAACCCGAGAUGUUAGCAGCACUGGGCUAUGUAGCAGGGUUUACCUAAUGUCAUCUUUCCUUGAACUUGGCAGGGGCUCCAAUAUGAGGAAAGAAGGAAAAUAUGACAUUCUUGGCAGUAAUUUGUCCUGAGAGGCAGCUAUAAAAAGUAUGAAAAAUGGUGUGGACGCAAUGAUACAUGCAUUGCAAUGGUGCAGUGCUU